GCAGCGCAUAGUUGUCAAUGUAAGCGAAAGUAUAAAUACAAAGAAGUCGUUUAAUUUUAAGAGUUAUGACGGGACUUUUCACAUGACUUGUUUUCUUAUUGCUUUAUGAUAGAUAAAGUAUAUACGUCAAAAGGCAUCGGACGCCUAUUUCUUCAUCUUCCUGUGAGUCUAAGGGAGAGCGUUGAAACUUCUACUGAUCCGGCGUAAUAUUGUCUAUAAAAUCUCCUACUUAAUAAAUGAGCUUGGAAUCCUUUAGUUCUAGGUAUUAUGAGUGUCCUACCAAGGAGGACUUAAAGAAAGAAUACGUUGGAAAAGAAAUUAAUGAACUCCCUUUUCCUGCUUUUGUUUUGGACAGAAAAAUUUUUACCAACAAUUGCAAUCGCAUGCUAGACCGAGUUGAUGAAAUAGGCUUAACUUUCCGUCCUCAUGUGAAAACACACAAAACUCUCGAAGGAACACUAAUCCAACUUGGUAAUGGUAGAAGCAAAGCCGUCGUCGUUUCCACUUUGCGAGAAGCUUUUGCUUUAAUCCCUCUCUUUCAACAAGGCAUGCUUGAAGAUGUACUCUAUGGCUUGCCAAUUGCUAAAUCACGUCUUCAAGAACUGUAUGAAUUGAGCAAGAUCGUCCCACACUUACGUCUCAUGAUAGAUCACCCGGAUCAGCUAGCACUUUUGAAAACCUUCUCUAAAGGUGUUUCUCUCCGAAAGCCAUGGUCCAUUUUUAUAAAAUUAGAUAUGGGUACCAAACGUGCUGGCGUAACAACGGACUCUGAGACUCUUCAUCAAAUUAUCCAAAGUAUCUUAGCUGACCGGGAAACUCUCCAUCUUUUCGGAUUUUACUGUCAUGCUGGACACUCGUAUGCUUGUAAAAACAUUGAGAAAGCAUCAGAAUAUCUUUUUUGUGAAGUAGAUGCUGCUAAUAAAGCUACAGAAUUUGCUAUGUCUAUUGAUUCAACCCUUUCUUUAACCAUGUCGGUUGGUGCUACACCCACUGCUCAUUCCGUAAGUCCUCAAUUAAAAAAGCUAUUUCCUAAAUUAAAGGGCAAACUCGAAGUUCAUGCUGGAAAUUAUCCUAUCUGUGACGUCCAACAAAUGUUUACCAAUUGUAUCAAACAAGAAAACAUAUCAGGUAGCGUUGUUGCCGAGGUUCUAAGUGUCUAUCCAUCAAGAAACGGUCAGCCUGGUGAAGUUUUAAUCAAUGCGGGUGUUAUUGCUUUAUCUCGUGAGCCCUCUCCAGAAGGAGGAUUCGGAAUAAUCACAACUUCUGGAUAUGAAAGCUUUUAUGUAGACCGUCUCAGCCAAGAGCAUGGCAUUUUGAGGUCAAAAGAUCCGAACGCUGUACUUUCUACUGUUGGUGAAAUUCUUCGUAUUAUUCCUAAUCAUUCUUGCAUUACAGCCUCAGCCUUCCCUUGGUACUAUGUGAUCAAUGGAUCUGAUACUGUCGUUGAUAUCUGGAUUCCUUGGAAGGGAUGGUGAAUUGAUUUCUCUGAUAUAACUUCUUUAGUCAAUAAUGUGAAGAUGAAGGAACCUGCUUCAAUAAGUCUUUGUUGCAAAAUUUCACGACUAAAAACACAUAAUAAUCUUGAAUGAUUUACAACUCAUAGGAAUAUCGUUAAUAAAUGAUUGUAAGUUUACAUAUGGUCUCUUCAUAU